GUUCACAUUAUAUUAAGGCUUAAAGUUAUGCAGGAUUAUGGACGCUUUGAUUGACAGGUGGGUGCUGUUACAGAUCAUUUGUUUGAGCGACCAUGGCUUCACCUCUUUGCCCAUUUUGACAUUAGCGGGAAGCUGAGCUUUACAACAGUCCUUCGGAAACCUGUGGGUGAUGAUGUCACAGAGACUAUGAUUUAUGGUUGUUACUCUUCCUCACAUGACCUCUUUUCACAGCAACAGGUGUGCAAAGUACAUAACCUGGAGAUUGCGACAUCUUUUUCUGUGUCUGUGUUGAGUUCAAGACUGUUUAGGGAGCCGGAAAACUACGCUAGUUAGGCAAUGUAAAUAGUUAAAUUAUUUGUUUUUGUCUAAUUUUCUUUUAACUUGUAGUUAAAACUUUACCAAGAGUUGACUUGCCAAUGUUUUGUUAACCAGUGUUAAUUUAGAAACCCUGGUGUCUGUUUUUGCUUCUUAAUGCCAUUUUGUGAAAUAUGAACCAACUGUGUUGAAAGCAGUAAAACCUACAACUGUAUCCAGGGAGACAUUUUUUUUCAAACUGUAUUUUUUUGUAUUUUUCAAUACUUAAUGGAGCUUUUCCCAUCAGUGUGACUUCAACCGUACAGUAUGUCACGGCACUGCACAUUAAAACAAGCGUCACUUUUCCUGAAUAAUCUUGAACGUACAGGGACAGCAGAAAGAAACCACAGAUUUUAUGUUUUGGUGAUGUAUUAUUAUCUUUUCCUGGUUGCUGUUCUGCACUCUUCUUGUACAGGAGAAUCCCUGAUGCAUGAUACACCAGAGAAGGUCCUGGCAUUUGCUGGUGGGGAUACUAUUCUUCCCUGCAGUUUCAACAUCACUGACACUGAUGAUUUUCCAACGUUGGAGUGGUCCAAGGAAGGCCUGCAGCCUAACGUCGUCUUCCUGUACCGGGAUGGCUGUGAGAUUCAUGAGAUGAAGAAUCCGGCCUUCGAGUACAGGACAAGUUUCAUCAAUAGCGAACUGCAAAACAGAAACAUCUCAUUAAGGAUCUCCAACGUGCAGCUGUCUGAUGCAGGGAAAUACAAAUGCAUGAGGCUCUGGAAGAAUGCUCCGUGGGACAUUACAACAGUGGAGCUUGUUGUGGGUGCAGCUUCUGAGCCGAAACUCUCAGUCGUUUCAGCUGAGAGGGGAGAGGUGACUCUUCAGUGUGAGGCCAACUGCUCGUUGUUAGAGCCGGAGAUCACAUUUCUGGAUGAUCAGGGAAAUAACAUUCCUGCUGACGAUCCAGGAAGACAUCAAGAUACCAGUGGAUGUUACACUGUGACACGAAGAGUGACUCUCCAGGAUGCUACCAACAGCGUCACCUGCAGAGUUCAUCAGCCGAAGAUCAACCAGACCAGAAACACAGAGAUUCUCAUACCAGUUGACUGCAUGAGAUCCUGCUUACUACCCACUGUCAUCACUGUUGGAGUGACCAUUUUACUUCUAUUGGCCACAUGUGGAUCAGCUGUCCUUGUCUGGAAGAGAUGUAAAAAAUCGGCGAGGAAACAAAAAUUGCCGUUGACGAGGAAGUUGUCAGAUGAAAGUACAAUAAGUGGUAUGUCUGUAAAUGAACCGCUUCUACUGAGUGUCAGGGUUGACAGAGCUGACAGUGAUGAAGACGGCAACAUUGAGAGAUUGACAAGAGAGGUGGAUGAUCUGAGGUCAAAGCUUCGUGAAAAAGAAGAGAUCAUCCUCCAACUACAGAACAGCAAUUCUCUGCUAAGUCCUGAUCUUUACCAACUUGGCCAGCCAACGAUGGCAACCGAUUGCAACCCCCCAAAAUCAGAAAACUUACCCCAGAAUAAGGGUCCAAAACCUGGCAUCCCACAAAAAAACAGCAAUCCAGGACCUGACCUCCCGAUCACAAGAAACCAUCGUAUCCACAGCAGUCCUGCCAUUUUGGACUUUGACGUUGUGUCGUCUAGUUCUUCUUUACCCAAAAAAGCAAAGAAAAAGACGGACAAUAUGGAUUCUUCGAUCAGCCCAAUGGUUACCCUGAACCCUGGUGCAAGAGUUCGGCGUCGACAUUCCUUAGCGCAUCCAUUGCCAGCCCUGUCUAAUAACCCUUUCACACUCCUCGCAGAUUUAAAAGAGGAAUCAGAGUGGUCGUGAGAAAAGAACUUAAAGCUGAACCAAUGGACAUGAGAUGUGAAAGGUCUUCACGGCUCUACAACAAAUCCAGCUGCAACAGAUUUGAUCUUUCUCAAAGAAAGAUGACCUAGAGUACCUUCACAAACUUAAAGUUCAAAUUCUGUUUUAUAAUUCUAAUCUAUGUCUAUAAGAAAAUAAUGUCUCUAUAUCCCAUCAAACUUUGUUUAAAAAUGGCAUUGCAUGUGUUAAAAUAAGCUUUGAUGUCUGGGGUUGUGUAUAGGGGUAUUGAUUAUUAAUUUAAAUUAAUUGAAUUCUUGUUUUAUGUUUUUUUCGACAGAUUAUGUGGGAAUUAAAUUGUCAAUUGUUUUUUAGGACUGUCCUCCUCCUAGGUGGUGUCUACUUCAUUCUUCACUUCACAUUGUUCACUUCCUUCACACACUAGCCUAAAAACACACAAAGAGCACCACCUAGUGAAUCAAUUCUAACAUUGCAAUUUCUUUUUACCUUUGCAUUGUGUCUUAGCAGGAGGAAAAGGUGCUUUUCAAAACUUUUCUAAUAGGUUUAAAAAGGUAGAACUAAAUAAAUUCAAAGUGGGUCAGCGGUAUUUCAGUCCAUAAGGACUUGACCUGGGGAACCAGAGCGUGGCUGGUGUAAAUAAGCAACUGUUUGCUAACACAAUAAUCACUGCAACUCUAGACAGUGAUAAUAUGUCAGGGUUGUAUGUUCAAGGCUCACUGUGCUGCACCAAAGUUGCUAAAAAUAUGAAUGAAUGCAGGUUUUUUUGUUCGGGAAAGUGUUGAUUUAAAUCAAACGUUCUGUUAUGUGCAACAAAAAAUGUGAGGGUGGAGUUUCACAGAAAGGAAGUGCAGAGACCCGUCUGUCCGUCUGUCUGUUGGUGGUGAGACAGGAUGCAGCUAACACCUUUCUGCUUGAUGCUGUCCUGUCUUCGGGUCAGCCCUGACAGGUCUCAGUUCUUCUGGUACGAAUCCAUCACUCUGAGCUGUGAGGAUCCGCUGAACUCCACCGGUUGGAUGGUGAAGAGGAAAACAUCAAAGAGUGGGGUCAGACCUUGCGCCAACGGCUGGGGCUCUAAAUCCUUUAGCUCCACCUGCAUUAUUGAAAACACCUAUCCGACUGACAGCGGGGUGUACUGGUGUGAGUCUAAAGACAGGGAGAUGAGCAACGGCGUCAACAUCACCAUCACUGGUCAGCCUGUAAUCCUGGAGAGUCCCGCCCUCCCUGUCCUGGAGGGAGCUGCUGUGAUUCUUCGCUGCAAAGCUGAGACGAGCUCCUUCGGCCAAAGGUUUGAUUUCUAUAAAGACGGCCUUUGCAUCAGCAGCAACUCCACCGGAGAGAUGACCAUUCAUAGCGCUUCGAAAUCUGACGAAGGACUCUACAUGUGCAGCAUCUCUGGAGGUGGAGAAUCAUUAAGCAGCUGGUUGGCUGUUGAAGGUCGGACUGUGAUCCUGGAGAGUCCUACCCUCCCUGUCUUGGAGGGAGAUGCUGUGAUUCUGCGCUGCAAAGCUGAGGUGAACUCCAUCAACCACAGGUUUAACUUCUUUAAAAAUGACCUUUGCAUAAGCAGCAACUCCACCAGAGAGAUGACCAUUCAUAGCGCUUCGAAAUCUGAUGAAGGAUUCUACAAGUGCAGCAUCUCUGGAGGUGGAGAAUCAUUGAGCAGCUGGCUGGCUGUAGAAAAUUCACCUCCGUCUGCAGAUUCCAGUUCAGUUUCUGUCAUUAGACUGAUUUGUCACCUGGUGGUGGGAACUCCUUACCUGCUGUCCACCAUCUUACUGGGAAUCAUAUGCAGAGACAGGAAGAGAGCAGCACGGUUGGUUGCAGAGAGAAGAGGCAGCAACGAUGUCAUCAUGGAAAUAGCUGUAUAGUCCUACAAACGGGUAAAGGUGCACCACAAAAUAUCCUGGAUGUCUAUUAUUACCACCAGUGAUUACAAAACCUUGUGACCUCUUGGAUGUGGACUACAGACCACUGGAUCCUGACUGAUCCAAGCUUGAACUCUGAUCUGCAACAUCAACCCAACUUUAACCAGACUUUUCUGACAAUCACGUACAAAUUCAGAUAUGAAUAUAGAAGCUUCAUAAACCAUAAACCCUGAGAGUUAAGGAAAGACUUCUGAUCCUUGACUAAAAUGUUCUGCUGUUGUUGUUAAAUGUAAGUAGAUGUUGAUUUGUUGAUUUCAGCGGAUAUAAGUGCAUUGUAUUACACACUGCAGAGGGUGAAGACUGAGAUGUGCUUGUGGUUUGGUUUCAUCGUGCAGUCUUGUGAGGUGUGAAGUUUUAGUUCAGACGUGUAGUUUGUUUUUUUUCCAUUUCACAUUUAAUCUCUGUCCAGAAUUUACUCAAAAUGUCAUACGAAACUCAAUAAAUCAGACACACUUGUGACACAAAUAA